AUCUGAUCAAACUUUCCCAUACAGACUCAUCAGUCUGAUACCCCAGAGGUUGUUCACGUAUUCAACUGUACAACACCGACUCUGUUUCACAAUGGGUAUCAACGUUAAGUUUUCCGACCUAUACCGGGCACCUGAGGUCAAUCCGAUCACCAGGAAAGCCCGGUCGAUACCUGCCCUCAAUGUAGUCAACAUGUAUGGUCGGGUGUUUUUCUUCUCAUGGUUUGGCUUCAUGAUAGCCUUCUGGGCCUGGUACACAUUUCCACCUCUUUUGACUGUCACUAUACGAAAAGACCUUAACCUCACCGCUGCCGAAGUCGCCAACUCCAACAUCGUCUCCCUGGUCGCAACCCUCUUCGUCCGCAUGGUUGCAGGCCCACUAUGUGAUCUAUGGGGAUCCCGAGUUGUUUUUGGUGGCGUCCUCCUGGUCGGUGCUAUCCCUCUGGGCCUCGCCCCUCUCAUCCAGAACGCCACGGGUCUCUACGUGAGCCGCUUCUUCAUUGGCAUUUUGGGCGGCGCCUUUGUUCCCUGCCAGGUCUGGUCGACUGGAUUCUUCGACAAGAACGUCGUUGGCACCGCCAACGCGCUGACCGGUGGCUUUGGCAAUGCCGGUGGUGGCAUCACCUACUUCAUCAUGCCGGCCGUCUUUGACAGCUUCGUGCACAGGAUGGGCUACACUCCCGGCCAGGCCUGGAGGCUGACUUUUAUCGUGCCAUUGGUCAUGAUCAUCGUCACUGGCGUCAGCCUGUUACUUCUGUGCCCCGACACGCCCACGGGCAAGUGGAGCGAGAGGCAUAUGCACGCGCAGCAGAUCGUGAACCAGGCCGACAACAUCACCGACGACGCCACCAACCAAGACAAGAUCGUCGAUGUUCCCGGAUCCAUCACCGACAAGGGCCCGAACACUUCAAACUCUUCGGAGGGUAACAGCUUUGUGGAAGAGAAGGAGAAGACAAAGAAGGAAAAGGAUGAGCAGGUUGGUCAGCUAUUAGAUGCAGAGGCUGGGCGGGUCAUCAAGAACGACGCCGCGGUCCAGAACACCGACACCAUCGCCAAGCCGACGUUUGCCGAAUCCCUCCGCGUGAUGGCGUCGCCACAGACGCUAGUGCACGUCUUGACUUACUUCUGCUCCUUUGGCGGCGAGCUGGCCGUCAACGCGAUCCUGUCGUCCUACUACCUCAAAAACUUCCCCGAGCUGGGCCAGACGGGCGCGAGCAACUACGCCGCCAUCUUUGGCUUCCUCAACUUCAUCACGCGGCCGCUGGGCGGCGUCGUCUCGGACCUGCUGUACAACGCCGCCGGCAGUGGGCCGCGGGGUCUGUGGCUCAAGAAGGGCUGGAUCCACAUCUGCGGCGUCGCCACGGGGGCGCUGCUCAUCCUCAUCGGCCAGCUCAACCCGCACCACCAGCCGACCAUGCUCGGGCUCGUCAUCUUCAUGGCCUUCUUCCACGAGGCCGGCAACGGUGCAAACUUUGCCCUGAUCCCGCACGUCCACCCGCACGCCAACGGCCUCGUCUCGGGCAUCACGGGCGCCGGAGGGAACCUGGGAGGCGUGGUGUUUGCCGUCGUGUUCAGGUUCGUCGGCGGCGGCACCGGCUACGCUACCGGAUUCUGGAUCAUUGGCAUCGUGCACAUCGCCAUCAACGUCGCGACCUCGUGGAUCAAGCCGCUGCCUAAGGGGCAGAUUGGGGGUUACUGAGUGAAAAAGACCGGGGUUGGGUUUUGAGUCGUUUUUUUUUUUUUUUUAAUAAAUAUAUUGGGGGGGCCAGUAUUGUUGGGAUGCGUUUAUGAGCGUAUCCUUUUAUGUUUUAUUUUCUUUUUCUUCUCCUUAUAAUGUUAGACAUACCCUGGCUUUGGUUUCAAAACAAAAACAACAGGACGGGUUUUGGUAGACCCGGAUAGGCGUCCAUAGUGAACCAAGAAUACGAAAAGAUAAUGGGGUUUCCUGAACAUGGAUCGAUCAUUGAAUGGCUUUUACCUUGGUGUACAUUAUGUCGUUAUUUCUCCCUCAAUAUCAGCACAGCUGCGAGCAACUUGGGAC